GGUGAGGAGAAGGAGCUGGGUGGCACCGCCACAAAAUAAAAUGUGAGGCUUUGUGGGGAGAGGAGGAGUCAAGAGAGCCGAGUGGAUUUCAGUGGGUCAUUUCAUACGAGAGAGGCUGACGCAACUCACAAGGACCAAAUGCGUCCGGGAGAUCACCGCUGCCAACCGAAGCAGUGAAUUAGACGUGUUACAUCUGCGGAGGGUCACUGAUCUGCUGCUUGCAUACGGAAAGAUGGUCGUCAGGUGUAAUUUGGUCCUAUAGUCUUGAAGAGUUUCCCCACUCUAGAUCAGCAAGGAUUUUAGUGAUACUUGACUCCCUGCUGUGAUCACCAAUGAGUGUUCGAGACUCCCUAACCUGAAAAGAAGCUCCACUACAACCACAGCAAGAAGGAGGCAGAGGGCAGCAGUGGCUGAACUUAGAAGUUCAUGAAGAGUGUGGUGCGGAAAAUCUGAACAGUUCAUUCAGACCAUGGCUGACAAAAGUUCCGAAGCCAUGUUGAAUGGUGCUAUUCCAGGUGAGAUGGUGAAGAAAGAUGAAAACUUGAAACGUGGGAACUGGUCCAAUCAAAUAGAGUUCAUCCUCACUAGUGUUGGAUACGCUGUAGGUCUUGGCAAUGUCUGGAGGUUCCCAUAUCUGUGCUAUAGAAAUGGCGGAGGUGCUUUUAUGUUUCCCUAUAUCAUCAUGCUGGUCUUCUGUGGUAUUCCUCUUUUUUUUCUGGAGCUUUCCUUUGGGCAGUUCACCAGCCAAGGCUGCCUUGGUGUGUGGAGGGUUAACCCGAUGUUCAAAGGAGUCGGGUAUGGGAUGAUGGUCGUGUCCUCCUACAUUGGAAUCUACUACAAUGUGGUCAUUUGCAUCUCCUUCUACUACUUCUUCGCCUCCAUGACUUCACUUCUACCGUGGACAUACUGCAAUAAUAUCUGGAACACCGAGGAUUGCAGCAGCAUGCUGAACCCCAACCGAACUACCGACUUCACUGACCUAUCGCAAAACUUCUCGAUGUUGCUGAACCAAACUGCAAAGAGGACCAGUCCUAGUGAGGAGUACUGGAAUUUUCAUGUACUGAAGAUCUCGGAUGGCAUUGGGAAUUUUGGGGAAGUCCGUACACCUUUGCUGGGAUGCCUUGCUGUAUCCUGGUUUGUGGUCUUUCUGUGCCUCUUUAAAGGGGUCAAGUCUUCAGGAAAAGUGGUGUACUUCACAGCAACAUUUCCUUAUGUUGUGCUGACUAUUCUGUUUAUCCGUGGGAUCACGCUGAAUGGAGCUGUAACUGGCAUCAUGUACUAUAUCACUCCUCAAUGGGACAAGAUUUUGGAUGCAAAGGUCUGGGGUGAUGCUGCUUCCCAAAUCUUCUACUCCCUGGGAUGUGCUUGGGGUGGCCUGAUUACCAUGGCUUCUUAUAACAAGUUCCACAAUAACUGCUACAGGGACAGCAUCAUUAUCAGUAUCACCAACUGCGCAACCAGUAUUUACGCUGGGUUUGUCAUCUUCUCCAUUCUUGGAUUUAUGGCUGCACACCUGGGAGUCGACGUCUCAGAAGUAGCAGAUCAUGGUCCUGGACUGGCCUUUGUGGCUUACCCAGAGGCUCUGACUUUGUUGCCAAUCUCACCCUUCUGGUCUCUUCUCUUUUUCUUCAUGUUGAUUCUGCUAGGUUUGGGUACACAGUUCUGUCUGCUGGAAACAUUGGUCACUGCUGUCGUUGAUGAAAUUGGCAGUGACUGGAUUCGUAGACGAAAGUCCAUUGUCACUCUGGGAGUUGCCAUUAUUGGCUUUCUUCUGGGUAUCUCACUAACUACACAGGCUGGCAUUUACUGGCUCCUUCUCAUGGAUAACUAUGCAGCCAGCUUUUCACUUGUGGUGAUUUCCUGUAUUAUGUGUAUUGCUAUUAUGUAUAUUUAUGGACAUGAAAAAUACUUCAAGGAUGUUGAAAUGAUGCUUGGUUUUCCACCUCCAAUCUUCUUCCAAAUUUGCUGGCGUUUUGUGUCUCCCAGCAUUAUCUUUUUCAUACUGGUGUUCACUGUGGUUCAGUAUAAGCCCAUUAGUUAUAAUGACUACUUGUACCCAACAUGGGCUAUCACCCUUGGUAUCCUGAUGGCUCUCUCCUCAGUAGUCUGUAUUCCAGCUUAUGCCAUUUGGAAGAUUUGCGUAACUGAAGGUUCUACAUUUUGGGAGCGCGUGAAAAAUGCAAAUAAACCAAGCAAGGACUGGGGACCUGCUUUACUGGAGCACCGUACUGAUCGAUAUGCCACUCUGGGCAGCCAAUCCUACGAGUUCAACCUUGAAAUCCAACAGCUCAAUCCGGAUAAGGAGCGAGAGAAGGAGCAACUACCAACAGAAAAUAUAGAGCAUAACCUCAAUAUCCAUGGCCACAACGGUUCUGCCAGAACACAGAACCCUGUGUAGUCAAUGUCAUUUUAAAAUCAAAGACGACAACUAAUUUGUGCUGGGGGUGGAGUGGCAAUUGGGUCAGGAAAUAAGGCUUCACCUUAUAGUGAAAGGAUCCGCUCCCAUAAUUUUCUGUACGAUCCAUGGAAUUUGACAAGUAGUCAACAUAAUUUAAUUGAUUGUUCAUCCUUCAGGUAUCUAUAUUCUUUUUUUCUUUUCAUUUAUU